UUGUUUAUCAUCAUAAUGGGAAGGCCUCCUUGUUGUGACAAAGCAAAUGUGAAAAGAGGCCCUUGGACACCUGAGGAAGAUGCAAAAAUUCUUGCUUAUGUAGCCACUCAUGGAAUUGGCAACUGGACUUUGGUCCCUCAAAAAGCAGGUCUGAAUAGGUGUGGAAAAAGCUGUAGGCUGAGAUGGACUAAUUAUCUGCGUCCAGAUCUUAAGCAUGACAACUUCACACCUCAAGAAGAAGAGUGCAUCCUUGAGCUUCACAAAACCAUAGGUAGCAGGUGGUCUUUAAUAUCAAAGCAAUUACCUGGGAGAACAGACAAUGAUGUCAAAAAUUACUGGAACACAAAGCUGAAGAAAAAGCUAGUGAACAUGGGAAUUGAUCCCGUAACACAUAAACCAUUUGCUCAAGUCUUUGCUGAGUAUGGGAAAAUCAGUGGUCUUCCAAUUCAAAAUGCAAGAAAUCAUAUCCAUUUGCCCAAAAAUGCCACUGAAAGAAACCAGGUCUUUAUGGAACCAAAGCAAUUUCCAUUCUCAAAUGGAACUCCCCAUGAUAAAUUUGUUCACAAUAUUAUGAAUGGCCAGUUACAAGAAAAAUACACACCGUAUCCUAAGGAGAAUCUUCAAACACAUAGUAUUAGUGAAGUAUCCUCAUCAACAACUUCAUUUAAUCCCACAUCAUAUAGCUAUUCUACUUCUUUCUCUUCUAUGCAAUCUCAGGUUCAUACUAUGCCAUCUUCUUCAUCUACGUCUACGUCAACUUGGAACGAGUUUAUACUUGCAGAGGAAAAACAGGAGACAUUUUUGUCAAAAGAUGUGUCCAAUUCAUUUCAGACGGAGAAUCAUACUUGUGGGGAAGUUACCGAAGUUAAGGAAAAGCAACCGGUUGAAGAAGCCACUUGUUCCUCUACAAUGGAUUCGUUCGUGGACACUAUCUUGGCUCGCGACAAGCAAAUGUUAAUGGAUUUUCCACCACUCCUAGAUGUUUACCUUGAUUAUUGACUCUUCAUAAUGUCAAGAUGAUCCUUAAUUUGCUUUGCCAGUUUUCAGUUCCUUGGCUUUUGUUCUAAUAGUAACCAUAAGAGGUUUUCACUUUUCUUUUUAUCAAAGACAAAGCAAUGUUAGCCCUUUCAUGAAUGCAUGCCACUGCAACAUUCAGCGUUAACACU